AUGUUCUACGUCGACCAGCUCCUGUCCAAGACAGGCCCGCUGGCCAAGGUGUGGCUUGCCGCCAACAUUGAGCGCAAGCUGUCCAAGUCGCAAGUGCUGCAAUCCGACAUUGAUCAGGACAUCAAGGUCAUCCUCAACCAGAACAAUGCUCCUAUGGCACUCCGACUGCACGGCAACCUCAUGCUGGGUGUUGUCCGCAUCUACGGCAAGAAGGCCAAAUAUCUGCAAGAUGACUGCCACGAAGCACUCCUCAAGAUCCGGAUGACAUUCAAGAACACCGGCAGCCAUGAUCUGCCCGCCAACGCCAUCACAGGAACGGAUCUAAAUCUUCCAGAGCUCCUCACAAUCGACGAUCUGUUCCCAGCAAUGGAUUUCGCAUACCCAACAAUGUCACAGAAACCUGCUCUUCCAGGUCCAACACAAGACUACGACAACGACUGGACAAGCAGUCUGAACCCCAGAAUGAGCGGACAGUCCCGCAUGAGUCCCGGUGACGACGUCAUGAUCCACGACGACGAUCUACAGCUCGACUUCGGCGACAACGAGGACACUACAGUCAGCAUCCAGCAAGGCCGAAAUGCUCCAGCCGACCUCAACGACCAGACUCUAGGCGGCGAGCAAUUCUACAAAGACGACGAUCUAGUCCUCGACUUCGGCGACAACGAACCUCCACUCCCAACCACCAACGACGACGACAUGCCCCUCCCAAUGGACGACGACGAAGGCCACAUCAUCCUCCCCGAAGACGAGACAGCCCAGAUCCGCGGCUCAACCGUCCCCCAGUCCCGCCGCGGUACCUCUCCCCUCUCAGACCUCAACCCCGAAGAAGCCCGCGACCUCGACACCACCUUCAACCAACCCACCGCCGAAGACGAAACCACAACCUCCAUCGCAGUCCAACAAAAGCAACGCUCCAAAAAGUUCAAACCUAUCGAACCCGACCUCGAAACCGUCCUCCACAACCGCGAGAUCAAAGCCCAAUCCGAAGACCGCUCCAAAAUCCUCAAGGCACCCCAAUUCCUCCCUCGCGACCCAUCCCUGCUCAACCUGAUGAAUCUCUCCAAAUCCGGCGCCUUCGUCAAUACGACCGACACAAACUCCCUGUGGGCGCCCGAGCUGCAAGGCCUGUUGUCCUUCGACGCCGUCCUCCGCUUCUCUUCCUCAUCCAACCAGCGGAAACGCAAGCGUGACAGUGGCAUAGCCGGCAUCUCCGACUCCGAAGAAGAGCAGGCAUCCAAAUCCCCUCGCAUCGAGGAUCCUGAAGACGAAGGCAUCGGCGCAGAAGACCACCACUCACCCAUCGACCCCUCUAACCCUGCGCUCCAGGACAUCGUGACAGGCGAAGACGACGAGGGCAUAUUCGGUCUAGACGACAGUCACCCCAAUUUCGACGACACCACUAUCCCGCUGAUCCACCCUGCUGAUUCAGGCGCUGUCAGUCUUGGCACGAAACGCGCUGUGCACUUGCUCCGCGAAAAGCUCGGCGGCAGCGAAACCUCGUCUAGUCCCAAAAAGAGUGUCCUCCUGCAAGAUAUCAUCCCCGAAGGCAGGGCUUCAAGAGAAGACGCGACAAAAAUGUUCUUCGAAACACUGGUGCUGGCGACGAAAGAUGCGAUCAAAGUGGAGCAGGGCGGUGGAGCGCUGGGGCUGCCAUUACGAAUUCGGGGCAAGAGAGGGCUGUGGGGGAGUUGGGCUGAGGACGUGCGUGCUGACCAGGAAGGCGACGAAUCGGUUGGGGUGCCGGAGACGGGCAGAGUGGUCGAGGUCGCAGCUUGA